AUGUGCUAACAAGUAAAACCUAAUCACAGAGGAAAGUUUAACAUCAUGGAGAAUAAGGCAGUUGAUGAAAAUUCAGGAAAUGUUUCCAAACAUGUUCAUCAAUUCAACUUUGUCAAGCUAUGGCCAACAGUUCCAGAUUCAGUCUCUCAAAUCCAAAGGGAAGAGAAAGUGAUUAAGACAAUGAAUCAGGACAUUUGGGAAAUCACUGACAAGAUCGCAAAGAGAACGUUAGAAAAAGAGUAUCUUGAUUUCAAUAUGGCUCUUGAUGAGUUGAAUUUCAGAAAUGUUAAAGUAGAAAAUGGUGGAUGGUUUGGAGAAAAGCUUGAUAAAAAUUCUUUGAAUUAUUUGAGGCUACAUGGAAGCAAAAGUUUGGUUGAAGAGAGAAAAAUUAUGAGGGACAUAAAGAUUCAACAGAAAGAUGUUUCUCCAUUCAAAUCACUAGAAGUGCUUAAGGAAACGUUAUUGUGUAACGGAGGGAGUUUAUUCUUUAAUCGGAGAGUUAAAAACUUGGAGCAGAUGAUUAGAGAGAAUUAUUACUUGAGUGAUCGACAGAAACUCGUAAUAGAAAUCGAACAAUUCCAAAUCCAACAUAAGGAGCGAGCUUCCAAGUAUGAUUAUUUGAAGAAAACUAUUAAAGAACAAAUCAAGCUUCUAUGUGAUGAUGAUUCUUUGAAAAACAGAAGAGAAUGGAUGGAAUUUGGGGCAAGAAAUAAACAUAAUGUGAAAGAACAAGUAGCUAUAAAUGGAGAAUUGUAUUCUUUGAAAGAAAAAUUGACAGAUAAGUAUAAGAAAAGGGAAGAAGCAUUUCAAAUGCUUUUGAAAUUGAACAGACGGUAUCUUAUAUGAAUAGAUUGUAUCAUGAGGAGCUAAGAUGGUAAAAUAGAAGUAGAAGCUUAGGGCCUGUCCUCUUUGUCUGCAAUCGUUAGAGAGCCGACAACUACGUAGUGAUGGGAGAAUAAGAUCUGAUAAAUCAUGCAGAAGUAUGCUUUUGUAAUUAUGUGAGAAAAAUGUUAGAAGAUUGAUAAGAAUAAAUGCUAUUCUGUUGAAAA